GUGUCCUCACAAUGAGACGUCCACAGGGCGGUGAAGAAGGUGAAGCUGCAGCCUCUGAAUAUGAGAACCCAACCAGAACCUCCAAGCUGCCAUCAGAGAAAGUGGUCCUGCUGGUUCUGGGAUCUCUGCUGGCUGCUGCUCUCAUCAUCAUCUACAGACUCUCUUUUGAUAAGAUACAAACAAAUCAAGCUGUCCAGACCCUGAAAGAGGAGAAAGAAGCGCUAAGGAGAAAUAUCUCAGAUGAGAUGUUUCUGAAGUGUGAAGCAGGCUGGGAGCUACAUGGAGGAACCUGUUAUAAUUUCAGCACCACGAAGUCCUCCUGGAAUGAGAGCAGAGAUUCCUGCAAAGAUCUGGGAGGAGACCUGGUGAAGAUAGACAGCAGAGAGGAGCAGAUGCUCCUGGAGAUCAAACUGAGAGGCUUGAUGGAGGAACCAGAGGACAGGUUCUGGAUCGGACUGACGGACUCAAAGGAAGAAGGCAGAUGGUUGUGGGUGGAUGGAUCACCUCUGAAUGAAAGUUUGAAGUUUUGGUCCAACAAGGAGCCUGAUGACUGGAAAGGUCAGAAUCCAGCUGGAGAAGACUGUGUGAGGAUGGGAGAGAAAGGAGGAGCCACUGAUCUGAAGUGUUGGUUUGAUAAAUCCUGUAAUGUUCCUCACAAGAGUAUCUGUGAGAAAUCAGCAGUAUCUGGACAAACUUCAUGUGUCUGUGUAUGAAGUUCAGUUCAGUCCUUUAAACGAUCUGAGAACCGGAUCAGGAAGCUGCAGAGAUUCUGGUUCUAUCAACAUAAUGUUACAAACAUAGAAAGAUCCCUUCCAGAGAACAGCUCAGAAGCUCUGAGUUAUAAACAGGAACCUGAUCUGGAAGAACCUGCAACAGAACAUGUCUGUCAGUUUCUCUGAGGAUUUAUUUCUGCUUCAGGCUUCCAGUAGAACAGCUCAUGUCUUUCUCUCUAGUUCCAGAUCGAAGGACAAACUGUGGUUCUAACGGGUUUGGAUCCUGGAUGUGGACCCAGCCACAUUCUGGGAUCUAUUCAGAACAUGUCUGAGGGUCUCCAGGUUCUGGUUAUACAUCAUAUACAUCACCUUCUCCACUGGUUUAGCUUCCCAGGUGUGAGAUCCUCCUUAACAGCAGUUUAAAGUGAAUCAGUUCAUGUUCACAGUUCACCUGCUGAACAUUUUGAACUAAAGUCUAAGUCCCAACAUCAAGUGGUUCCUGUUCAGUCAUCAAUUUA